AUGGCUUCAGCAACACAGGUCAAAUCUCUCAGGGAGAUGCUCGGCGCUCCGGCCGCCACAGCCUCCCCAAGCGACAGCACGUUGAUCAUUAUUGAUGCGCAGAAUGAAUACGCCCAAGGCAACCUUAAGACAGUCAACGUCGACCAGACGCGAAAGGCUAUUGCCUCGCUGCUGGAGAAAUACCGUGCGGCUGGAGAUGGGAAAAACAUCGUUCACGUCGUCCACAAGACUCCAGAGGGCGCUCCGAUAUUCACUCCCAACACCCCUCUGGCGGAGGAAUUCGACGAGUUGAAAGCCCGGCCGGGAGAAAAGGUGAUCGAGAAACAAGCCAUCUCCAGCUUUACCGGCACGGAUUUGCAUGAGUACUUGACGAGUCUAGGGGAGAGGGGGAAGAAGACGGUUCUGACGGGCUACAUGGCACAUGUUUGUGUGAGCACCACGGCCCGAGCAGGCAAUGACCUGGGAUACAACGUCGUGUUGGCCAGCGACGCCAUCGGCGAUCGAGAUAUUCCUGGAUUUGGCGGUGCCGAGUUGACCGAAGCAACAUUGAAGGAGCUAAACGAUGCUUUUGGAACAGUUACCAAAAGCGCAGAGAUCAAGUAG